AUGUUUGCCUUACAGAUUCUGCUUUUUGCUCUCGUUAUGGUUGCAAUCGCAAAUGAGGAAGAUGUUCACGCAGAAUUAAGAUCUGAUUACCGAAAAAUCGACGACCAAGGCCACUUUAACUAUGGCUAUGAAGCAUCGAAUGGAGUGGAAGCUAAGGUACAAGGCGAUGUAAAUGGAAUUCAGGGAGAAUACUUUCUUCCAGGCGAAAAUGGCAAGAAAAUACGCGUUACAUAUACAGCUGAUUCCACCGGAUUUCAUCCAAACGUCGAGAAAAGCUAAAUUUGAAAUUAGGUGUAAAUCUUACAAAUAUAUAUGUACAUAUCGUUGGUUAUCUAUACUAUCUAUACUAAUCUAUACUAAUUAUAUAAAGAGAAGUCCCUUCUUUUGUAACAGGUAAUCUCGCGAACGGCUGG